AUGGCCUUCUCUGGAAUUCUUAAGGACGAGGAUGUGGCUGCAGCCAUCAGCGCUUGCGCUGCUGCUGAUAGCUUCAACUACAAGACCUUCUUUGCCAAGGUUGGACUGUCUUCAAAAUCUGCUGAUGAAGUUAAGAAGGCUUUCUUUGUAAUUGACCAGGACAAGAGUGGCUUCAUUGAGGAGGAUGAGCUGAAACUGUUCCUGCAGAACUUCUCCGCUGGUGCCAGAGCUCUGACUGAUGCUGAGACCAAGGCCUUCCUUGCAGCUGGUGACAGUGAUGGUGAUGGCAAAAUCGGAGUUGAAGAGUUUGCGUCCCUUGUGAAGGCUUAA